AUGUCAAAAUUAUUUGGCUUUGGCUCCAAUGGCAAUGGGCAAUUAGGCAUUGGUCACUUAGAAGAUACACACAUUCCAACGCCUUGUAUAGGCAUACCAGAGUCUGAAGUCAUUAUAAAAAUAUCAGGUGGUGGUAAUCACUCUGCUGUCAUCACCAAGACUGGACGCGUCUUCUUUGCAGGAUUUUCACAGCUAGGUGAAAGACGAAUGUCACAGAUCCUGAAGCUGUCGUCAGAGGAACAGCGGCCGUGGACUAUAUAUCAAGAGAGAUUCAACAAAAUCAAGUGGAAGGACGUAGCCUGUGGUUGGGCAUUUACCAUAUUGACAAGUCAAGAAGGAAAACUAUAUGGCGUGGGCACAGGUCGAUGGAAUGAGUUUUGUAGUGAUGUAGAGGAUGAGGAGUCACUGACAGAGAUACCAAUACACGAAAAAAUCACUUCUGUUGCUUGUGGCUGGCGUCACGUCGUAGCCGUUAACGAAAAAGGAGAGGCCUUUGGCUGGGGCUGGGGUCGCUACGGACAACUUGGUGAAUCAAAGACUGUAGGAAACAAGAAAGAUAUCCGCCCCAUUCAGAAGAUAGACCUGCCUCAACCAGUGACUCAAGUUGCUUGCGGUCACAUAUUUACAAUCUUUAGAGGAUGUGAUGGCACAGUCUAUGGCAUUGGAUCUAACAAGUACGGCCAGCUGGGCAGUGAGCAUGAUAAAGGCAUAAUCACACAACCUCACAUCAUUUAUCGUGAUUCUAUUUAUAUUGAUGCAGGAUGGCAUCAUACACUAUCCCAAAGUAGUGCCGGGGAGUUGACUGGACAUGGUAGAAGAGACCAUGGCCAAAUCGCUAAAACGAAUUUAUUGCAGGAUAUCAAACAGUUCUUUUGUGGAUCUGAGCACACAUUAGCCAUACAAAAAGAUAAGCUGGUGGGUUGGGGAUGGAAUGAACAUGGGAACUGCACAACAGAUAUGGACUUUAUGGAUGAGCCUACUGUCAUAGCUGAGUCAAUCAAUGUCUAUAUCUUUGGUGUAGGCUGUGCAACUUCUUGGUUUGCAACCACUGCUUGA